AUGCGAAUAACGAUAGACGGAGAAGAAGGAUACCCGACGAGCGGCGCGGUUCCGGGGGUCAGUCUGGGCGGGAUGGCGACGCUGAGCCGGGAGGAUGGGGAGCGCUUCAAGCAGACUUACCAGCGAUGGAUCGCCCAGUUUGUCGAGCAGAGGAAGGCGCCGGCCGAGGUCUGUCUGGACGUCCUGGUCGCCAAGCUCGACGAGCUGGCCGCCGGGUUCUCGCCUUCUACAAGUUCUGCAACCACUUCUUCCGGUCCCCAGCUUAAUGGGCCACCUCAACAUCAACCUCUACCGCCGACUCAACAUGAGCAUCAUAAUCUGAGCAUGGCAUGGGCUGUCUUUUGGAUGCAUCAUAUCAAGGCCACUGGGAAACGGAAGAACAUCGUUGCUUGGGCGCGCGAAUUGGGGAUCCGAGGAUGGUCGAAGCCGGGGUAUCCGGGCGCGUUGAUAAUCGAUGGGCCGAAGACGGCCGUAGAGGAGUACAGCCAGCGGCUCAAAGCGCUCCGGUGGAAGGCGAUCCAGCAGCGGCACUUCGAGGUCUAUCAGCUCCCCGUCUCCUCUGGUCCGACCGCCCAGAUCGUCACCGGUUCUUCAUCAUCAUUCAACCAAGAUCAUCAAGAAGAUGAAGACAUCGAACGUCAUCGGAGGAUUCGAAAGAGCUUACCACCAUCAUCGUCUUCGAACACUGGUGGGGCUGAGCAUGUCAAGAGCGACGACCAAUCUCCGGACACCGUCUUCGAGGUCCACUCGAUGGCUCACUUGUUGCUCCUCGCUAGGGCCUCCGGGUUCGAUGAUCAGGUCCUGCAGAUCUUGAAGAUCAAGUAA